ACAGACACGACAUGCAAACCUCAAGCAAGAACCAAUGGAGCAGUUCCAGCUCCGAGUCCGAGUUUUCCAGCAUUUCCUCUCCAGAGACAACUUCACCGGAUCAGAGCUUCUCGCCGCCCCAUCAAACCAAACCUCCGUGCUCCAAAUUAGUCAAAUCUUCUAAUAUCAUGAAGAAAAAGCGGAGAUUGAGGCUGAAGAACCCGAGCGAGCAGCGGCAGAACGCUAGUGAGAAGGAAAAGCUGAGGAUGAGGGAUCUGACCAAAGCUCUUCAUCAUCUCAGGAGCUUCUUACCUGCUUCAGUAGCUCCGGUAGGACAAACCCUGACCAAAAUCGAGACUCUGAGGCUGACCAUACAAUAUAUCUCCUUCUUGUCUUCUCAGCUUGGGCUCAGUGAAGAAGAGCUGAGCUACAGGAGACAAGAAAACUCCAGCGGAUGCUCUUUGUCGAGUUUUGAGUGUUCGUCUGUGAGUGGAGGUUUUGUUGGGACGGAGCAGGGUUAUGCUCUCUGUGAUGGACAGUAUGAGGACUGCUCUGGUUAUGGAGGACAAUACAGGGAGCGGUAUGGAGGUUUGACACAGCAGCAUUCAACGGAGCAAAACGGCUUGGUCAGUAUUGACGGCUUCAUCCAGAGUCAACAGUGUGGGCAGAUGACACAGACACCGUACCAGGUUUACGGAAAAAACUUUGGCUAUCAUCUCGUUCCUCAGACUUACUGGAGAUGACGGAAAGAUCUCCAUCACACCAAAAACUGAGGGCGGAUACUGUAUUGUGUACAGUGAACUGAUUUAUGGCUUCCUGUGUUAUGUGAAAGCAAUAAAACAAAAGUUAUUCUUGAUAUUCUUAAAAUUUAAGUGAUAUGUUUUAUCCAUGUAUAUCCUUUGUAAAUACAAAACUAUAUUUGAUAUGUAUCUGUAAUAAAACACAUCUUU